GCGGUUAUGACGGUAGCUUAGGAACAUUCUCUUGGCUGUCCUUUCGGGGACAGAGGGGAACUCUGACCUCGAGCUGGGUCCCGGCUUCGCGCUGAGGAGGUCUCAAUCCUGAGAUCAUUACUGACCUGUAUAAACCCAGAGAGUUGUAAGAAGUUGUGUAGAAGUUCUUCCAUGAUUGGCUUCCUAUAGCUCGUCUGUAGUUUGCUGAUUCUACUUCAUAUCCUAUAAUCAUGAACUUGUUAAUGUGACGUUCCAAGCCCAUAACAAAUCAACUGGCUAGCCUUCUCACUUUUCUUGAAGAUUAGUUACACUGGAUAUGCUGCUGUACAUAAUUUUGGGAUUGCUCAUACACUUUAUGUUCUUCGCCUCCAUCUUUGACAUUUAUUUUACAUCUCCUUUGGUUCAUGGAAUGACUCCUCAGUUUACGCCAUUGCCUCCCCCAGCAAAAAGAUUAGUGCUGUUUGUUGCCGAUGGCCUGCGAGCAGAUAAACUUUAUGAAUUAGAUGAAAAUGGAAAUCCUAGGGCACCAUUUAUUAGGAAUAUCAUAACGCAUGAAGGCAGCUGGGGGAUAUCUCACACACGUGUGCCAACUGAGUCUCGGCCUGGCCAUGUAGCCCUGAUAGCAGGGUUUUAUGAAGAUGUCAGUGCAGUUGCCAAAGGAUGGAAGGAAAAUCCUGUAGAAUUUGAUUCUCUUUUUAAUGAAACAAGGUACACAUGGAGCUGGGGAAGUCCAGACAUCUUGACUAUGUUUGCCAAAGGUGCUAGUGGAAACCAUGUUUUUACAUAUGUUUAUGACUCUCACAGUGAGGAUUUUGGUGCUCAGGAUGUAACAAAACUGGAUACCUGGGUUUUUGAUCAUGUGAAGGAAUUCUUUCAUGCUGCCAGAAACAACCAAUCUUUGUUUUCUAAACUAAAUGAAGACAAAAUAGUUUUUUUCUUACAUUUAUUAGGAAUAGAUACAAAUGGACAUGCUCACCGACCAUCAUCAAGGGAAUACUCAGACAAUAUUAAAAUAGUUGAUGAAGGAGUGAAAGAAAUUAUUUCUACUCUUAAAGAUUUUUAUGGAAAUGAUGGGAAAACAGCAUUUAUCUUUACCUCUGAUCAUGGAAUGACAGACUGGGGUGUCCAUGGCGCUGGUCAUCCUUCAGAGACUUGUACUCCUUUUGUCACCUGGGGAGCUGGGAUCAAGAAUCCCCAGAAAGCGUCAGCUCAGAAAUUUGAUGAUACAUAUUUGCAAGAAUGGAAACUGGAGAACUGGAAGAGACAAGAUGUCAGUCAGGCUGAUAUUACACCACUGAUGGCUGCUCUUAUUGGAAUUCCCUUCCCUCUUAAUUCAGUGGGAAUCCUUCCUGUGGAUAUGCUGAACACUACUGAUCUCUUCAAAGCAGAGAGCAUGUUCACAAAUGCAGCACAGAUUCUUGAGCAAUUCAAGGUGAAAAUGACUCAGAAAAAAGAAGCUACUUUAUCGUUUUUGUUUACACCGUUUAAGUUACUUUCUGAUUCUAAACAGAUCAACAUUUUAAGAAAAGCAAGAUCUUAUAUAAAACAGAAAAAGUAUGAUGAAGCAGUCUCCCUUUGCAAGGAGCUUAUUAAUCUUGCAUUGAAAGGAUUGUCCUAUUAUCACACUUAUGACAGAUUCUUUUUGGCUUUCAAUGUCCUUCUUGGUUUUGUGGGAUGGAUAUCUUAUGCUUCUUUGUUGAUCAUCAAGUCUCACUGCAACCUUACCAGAAGUGUUAGCAAAGAAGUCAAGAAACCAAGCCAUCUCCUGUCAUGUAGUUUUGUGGCUAUUGGCGUUUUAGUAGCACUUUUCCUGCUAAUUCAAGCCUGUCCCUGGACUUACUACAUAUAUUGUUUGUUGCCAUUGCCAAUAUGGUAUGCGGUUCUAAGAGAAUUUCCAGUUAUUCAAGGCUUUGUCACGUUACUGUUCACCUUCCCUCCGAGUCGUUUUGUUGGAUACCUGUUACUCUUUAUCCUGGGAGUUGAAAUAUUAGUUCUCAGUUUUUUCCACCGCUAUAUGCUUACAGCUGGACUUAUUGCGUUUGCGGGUUGGCCAUUUAUCACUCCGCUGUGGACUCGAGCAAAGAGCACCUCACUGAGUUGGAUUUUCUUCUGUUUGCUCCUGGCAGUGUUCCCACUUAUGCCUGUUUUAGGACGAAAGCCAGAUAUCUUUCUAGUAGUGGGUGCAGGCUUGCUGGUUCUUCUGCUGUCCCUGUUUGUUGUAAUAUCUGUCAUAAAAAGAAAAGAUAGUUUUGUAAAUGAAGAGCUGGUGUUACAUCUAUUACAGAUGCUAAGCAUGGUGCUUUCCAUGUGUGUUGGGUAUGGCACCCAUAAUAGUCUACUCAAGAAGCAAGGACUGCCUCUUAUUAAUCAGAUUGUUAGCUGGACAAUAUUGGCUUCUUCCUUCUUCGUGCCUCUGCUGAGUCCUCCGAUUCUCUUCAAUCGAUUGUUUAGCAUUUUUGUUUCCUUGAUGUCGACCUACCUCCUUCUAAGCACAGGGUAUGAGGCGCUCUUUCCAUUAGUGUUAUCAUGUUUGAUGUUCGUCUGGAUACACAUGGAACAAGAAACCCUGCCACAAUCUGUUGUUUCCUGUAAACAGAAGGUCUCCAGUGUCCACUUCACCUAUAAUACUGAUAUAACCCAGUUUCGGGACCUCUAUCCGGAUGACAUCCGUAGGGCCUUUUUCCUUGUUUUCUUCUUAGUGACAGCCUUUUUUGGAACUGGGAAUAUAGCUUCUGUUAACAGCUUUGACCUUGCCUCUGUCUAUUGCUUUCUGACCGUGUUUAGUCCUUAUGUGAUGGGAGCCCUGAUGAUGUGGAAGAUUUUAAUCCCCUUUGUUCUUGUGAUGUGUGCUUUUGAAGCUGUUCAGUUAACUACCCAGUCAUCAUCAAAAAGUCUUUUUCUCAUGGUUAUCAACAUAUCAGACAUCAUGGCUUUGCAUUUUUUCUUCUUGAUCAAAGAUAACGGCAGCUGGCUUGAUAUUGGAACAAGCAUCAGCCACUAUGUGAUUGUCAUGUCCAUGACCAUCUUUCUGGUGUUUCUCAAUGGCCUGGCACAGAUACUGACGACAAAAAAACUCACACUGUGUGGCAGAUCCAAAAGCCACGUCGUAUGAUGUUGCCAAAGCCAUCAUUCAGCAUCCGGAUCCUAUUUCUCAUUCUCCUUUUCAACUAAAAUCUUAUCAAGGAUUCAUAAAGAAGACGGAUAUUGAUGUAUAACAUAUUCUGCUCAUCUAAAGGAAAUUAUACGUGGAAUUCUGAAUUUACAGGUUAUCUGGAAUAAAGGAGCUUCCAUUUUGUUUAAGUUUUGCAUGUGUGAAAUAGCAGUUACAUCUGUGGAAAAACAGAGUAAAGCAUUCUGCAUUUUCAUCUUUUCCUUUAGUUGGCAACUCUUCUCACUGAUGUUUCAGAGCACCUGUAACAAUCUCUGGUCCCCAGUUGUAUAGCUCCCUGUAUUAUAUGCAAAGGAGAAUGUGCUCCUGAGGUGGCAGUACUGGUCACAUCCAAAAUCAAUGCACUGGCUGAACUUGAAGGAAAUCACCAGGUGGCACCAUAAAUAUUUAUCAACUCUCAGCGCUGGUUUUGCAAGUAUUUCUAACUACUAAACAAUGCUAGAAAGACAAUUGGGAUGUGUAGGAAAAUGUUUGCAGGUGUUUUUCAUUUUUCUUCAGUGUGCAGCAAUACUAUUUUAUGCUUUUUAGUGCUUUUUUUAGUUUUCAUAGUCGAUCAGCUAGAUGCAGAUUUGACCUUCACUUUUUUCCCCCCCAUUUCUGAAUUCUCAUGGAAUUUCUGGAGAUAGAAAAGUAGAAAAUGCUUGGUAUUUGUGUCUUGUCCAUGGGGGGGGGAAAUUUAAAUGAUUACUUUUAAUUGUAGACUCAACAACUGUUACUUCCAAAACCUUUAUCAUGCGUUGUUCCAACAGAAUUCUUUAAAUCAGUGGUUAAACUUUCUGAAAAUAUCAUAAAAAUCGGUGUUAAAAUUGCUUUUCUUUCUGGUUGUGAGAUUCUAGCUCAAAGCCCCAAAGUCCUCUCAUUAAAUUUUAAUUUCUAUUCACAAACUAAUUUUAAUGGACAAAACAUUUUGAGAAUAAUUUUUAUUUGGACUUUUCAUAAGGUGACCUUUACAUAUCAGUGUGGAAUUAGCCUUUUGCCCGUGGUAUGCCAGGAGACUUUGGUUCAUGCUAAGCUUUCUUGGUCUGAGUCCCAUUUUUAAAAAAUAAUUGAUUUUGAAUUAAGUUACAGCAUCACUAAUUCAUAUUAAUGAUGAGGAAGCAGGCUUCCCUGGUGGUGCAGUGGUUAAGAAUCCACCUGCCAAUAUAAAGGACAUGGGUUUGAUCCCUGGUCUGGAAAGAUCCCAUGUGCUGUGGAGCAACUAAGCCUUCGAGCCACAACUACUGAGUCUGUGAGCCACAACUACUGAAGCCUGUGCACUUAGAGCCCGUGCUCCACAACAAGAGAAGUCACCGCAGUGAGAAGCCCGUUCACUAAAAUGAAGAGUAGCCCCUGCUCACCGCAACUAGAGAAAGCUCACACGCAGCAACGAAGACCCAACACAGCCAAUAAAUAAAUAAAUAAAUAAAUAAAUAAAUAAUGAGGAAGCCCUCUAAAAAUUAGUAGAUCUUUCAAAUUGGCCGAUGAGUGAACAAAUACAAUUUAGGAGAGUCAAAAAUCAGUUUGGCAAAAUGUAUUUUCUUAAUUCCUAUUUAUGAUGAAGUAUAGUUGUAAUUGACUUGUGAUAGUACUUCAUGGUAUACCAGUGAAGGCAUUAUAGUACAAAAAAAGAAAGAUGUCUUGAUGCCAAUAUAAGAAAGACCUCAUGUCAGUCUGUAAUAUAAAAUCUCGGUGGACAGCUGAAAAGCUGCUGCAGCAGAAAUGGUAUUAGCAGAUGGAGAACCCAUGAACUUUCAUAUUGCCUCAAGGGAUUUUUGAUCAGUCUUUUCACAAGUCAGAGAAAACUGACUUUAUAAACACAUUAUUUUUCCUAUUAUAUCUAGUUUUGCCUUUCAUCUUUUUCCAGAUUUUCACACAGAAGAAUUCAUGCAUAUCUUAUUACAAAUGGUAAAAGUGCUCUGUGCUUUAUCUUUAUUUUGCUUUUGGAAGCUUGCCUUUUUUAUUAUUGUUUAAAGUCAUUGUGAAUUUACAAAACAGGGAUGGCCCCUGCAGCCACAGGCCAGCCUUGGUGACCGUGACAAGACCCCUCAGGCUCACCCGGGAACAGUCUGCUGGAUGGGCCUUUUCUGUUGACUAGCUUAUCAGAAUAUCUUGAAGUGUUUUGAAAUGCAUAUUUUUAUAUUGAAAAACAGAAAAAAUAAAUAAGA